AUGACAUUUCGUGCUACAGAAGAUCAAGAAACAGAUAACCCACUUGUAAAUUCCACCGGCAGAUUAACAGUAAUUAAAGAAGGAAGCAUUGUUCUUCUCAAUGGAACAGGUGGAGCUUUAUGGUCUACCUCUCCUUCAGACUUUGUGAAAGAAUCAGUUGCUCAGCUGCUAGAUACAUGCAAUUUGGUUUUAUUAGAUUCUGGGUCUGGAAAUUAUGUGUGGCAGAGUUUCGAUUAUCCCUCUGAUACUCUGUUGGGCAUGAAAUUGGGUUGGGACUCGAAAACCGGCCUGAACCGAACAUGUAAAUCAUGGAGAAACCAAAACGAUCCAUCUUCUGGGUACUUCACUUUCAUCAUUCAGUUGGAUGGACUUCCCCAAGUAAUAAUUCGCGGUGGGUCGGUCAUAAAGAACCGAGCUGGCCAAUGGAGCAACAGUCAAAUCUGCGGAAAUGGAGAAGGGUUUGAAGCAUUCGGCAGUGUGAAAUUGCCAGAUUCUUCAGGGCAAUUGGUGAAUGUUAAUAAGAGCAUUGAAGAAUGCGAGGUAGCGUGCUUGGAAAACUGCUCUUGCUUGGCCUAUGGAACAAUGGAACUUUCCACAGGCGGCUAUGGCUGCGUCACUUGGUUUCAGGAACUGAUUGAUGUUAGAAACGUUCUAGCUGAGAAUGGACAAAUUCUCUAUGUAAGAGUUGGGCAAGUACGUGAGAAAUGA